GCCACCACCGGCAAACAAAAGAAAGUCUUACAAAUAAGUCGCUUCGUGGAACAGGCUGACAGACUCUCCACGAUGAAGCUGAACAAAUUCGUGUCGGCGUCGAGAAGAAAGAACCGUAAGCGUCACUUCACGGCUCCGUCUCACGUUCGGAGGCGGCUCAUGUCCUCGCCCCUGUCCAAAGAACUGAGGUCCAAGUACAAUGUGAGGACCAUGCCCAUCAGAAAGGAUGACGAAGUCCAGGUGGUGCGAGGUCACUACAAGGGACAGCAGGUCGGAAAGGUCGUCCAAGUCUACCGCAAAAAAUUCGUGGUUCACAUUGAGAGGAUACAGAGGGAGAAGGCCAACGGAGCCAGCGCCUACGUCGGCAUCCACCCCUCAAAGGUUGUUGUCGUUAAGUUGAAGAUGGACAAGGACAGAAAGAAGAUUAUUGAGCGCAGGGCCAAGGGCCGCGCUUUGGCUAAGGGAUUGGACAAGGGCAAGUACAGCGAGGAAAGUGCGGCUGCAGCAACCACUGGCACUGCCAUGGAGACCUCGUAACCGCCCCUGCCCUCCUGUUCUUUGUAUCAUCUUAAACUUAAAAAUAAACAAAAACAUUCACUAUAAUGUUCACAUUUUCUAUCAUU